AUGAAGCUCGAUACCAAGCGGCUAGCUUGGGUGUUAUUGCCAUGGACGGUGGCAUCCAGUCCAAUCCCAGCCGAAGAAAGAAUUGCUGUACCAGAUGGCUCUACUUAUGCCAUUCACAUCUUCAAUGCUCUGCAUAACUCCAUGAAGAUGUUCGGCAGCGUCAUGCAGCACAAUGGGAUGUCCGUCUUCAUUGCCACGGUCCCUCAAGGAACGGAAUUCUACCACGGUACCUUCAGUGCAUAUCGUAUCAACGGAACUGAGUGGCUGGCUUUUGAGCCGGAGCAUGCCAUGGCUUUUGCCCAUCCUGGUCGGAUUCGUCGUCAACAACCCUCUAGGGGCAGUACGGAGGAAAGCCAUGAUAAGAAUUGGAAAGGGUUAGUUAAGCAUGCAAAUGAUUUCGGAUUGGAGACUGGCAGCUGGGUGCAAGAUCAUGCUCGGCACCGCGAAGAUGUGAAACCAUAUCGUGCAGAUUCUCGUGGUCACGCAAAACACCACAAGCUUGACAUGACUACUGAAAGCACGGCUCACCAAGGCCACUUCACUCGCCAAUGGAAGAGAUUGCAGUUAAUGGUUCAGUAUUUCCUAACUGAUCAAGGAGAAUCCCAGAGAUUAGAGGUGGAAAGUCUCAGCUCGCAAGCUCUUCCUGAAUCUCACGAUGGUCACCAUAACAAGCCUGGCCACCAGAAUCAGUCAGACAUUGAGGAGCAUCAAGAACAGUCAUCUUCCAUGCCCACCGAACCUACAGCUGAAGAACAGACGGGAUAUUUUCACACCUAUCGCACUAAGCGUGAACUACGUCUAGUCUACUUCGAUGGACAGUCGGCUGCGAAAUCUCUCAAGGGUACCCUCGACAUGCAGGAUAUUGUCCUUCGAAACGCAUCCCUCUUCGAUGGCAGCCCAGCAGAGGAUGACAACCUGCGUGCCGAAGAUCUGUGUGCCAUGGCCCGCGAUCAGUGGAACAGUCGUAUUGACGGAUUCAUUCGAAUGGUCGGUGGCUUCGAGGUCAUUCUCUGCUCUUUCGCCGAUAACCUCGACGUUGUGAGCAUCCUCAGCACCUACCCAUCGCGCAAUGGCGACGGAGGAUCCCACCUCGGCUAUGCCCGGGCACUUGCUACCCGAUUCGAUGGCAUUGGGGGUGGCAGGGUGUCCAUCAACUACGACGACUUCGUCACGAUGUUCGCAUACCCGGACGCAAUGUACUUCGACGAUCAGGGCCUUCCCCGGGUGGUCGACGAUGCUGCAAAGCUGGGGUCCGUACGCGCACACAUUGACCGACUAGUCAGAGGACCUGACGCGACAACCCCCAGUAUUAACUGGCAAAACGUCGUUGACAUGAUCAUUACCAGAUACCAAUACCGCAUUAGACUGGCAUUGUCUCCAGCCAUUUCAACUCACCAUGAACUUCGGCGUGAGCUUCACCUCGCUAUCGAGCCAUUUAUCGACGCGCGUGCGCGCAACUCGACUGCGGAGACUGAGCGCUGCGCCAAGCAGUUCUGGGUCUCUGGUGCUGAUACUACCACUGUCCCGGCUCAAGCAGUUUCUCGGGUCUCGGAGCGAUUGUGCUCGAGCUUGGUUGCUGGCGCGAGCGCAGAGACUUAUGAAGAGGGCAUUGCAAUCAUUGAGGAGUUAAAGCACUACUUGGAUUGGGCGGUCUUCCGGGAGUGCAAUAAGUGCAGGAUAGACGAGGUUUGUCAGCUCCCUAUUUGGCCCUCUGGCUCCAAGGAGGAUUUCGUUCGGCCGCGGUGUGGUACCGGUCUGGCUCAUGGCUCGGGUGGCUAUUGGGACAUGAUGGGUAAGAUCCGUCGGCAUUAG